CAUACCAGAGCACAUUCAGUUUGUAAUUGGCGGUUGCUACCAGCACGUGUUGACUUGUAUCGCUCCAGUUUUGUGUACUCAGUGAGAUAUCUGAGUCUUUAUCUAUCUAAUUUUUUUUUCUUCAUUAUACUUCUCAAAUUAAUUCUUCGACUAGCAGUGUCCUAGUUCUGUUCAUUAGGAAUCAUGUCUACCUGGCGGUUCCUCUUCUUCCUCACAAACUUCUUGAUUGCCUACCCAGGUAAUGACGCUCAAGCGAAGGUGGGAGCUCCAUUUAAAAAAUGCUGCGACGUGGGAACUUCUUGGGCGAAAGAAGGGCUGAGGUGCGAGAAAUUCGCAGGACCUGUUGAAGGUGUGCCGACAGCUGAGCAAGGACUUUGUCUGGAGUCUGUUGACAUCUGCUGCAUACGCGCUUAUCAUGAAUUGAGUUGCGGAAAAGGGAAGAAAAACGCACGAGAAGGAAAAGCUUGCGUUGAUGGUGACGCAGGUAAAUCGAGAAUUGCCAGAUCUCUGGGAGAUUAUCAGCGAGACUGCUGUGAAGGCUGCAAACUUGGCAUCCUCACGGGGUCUUUGGGACAAGAAUGUGCGCUAAAUGAUUUCUCAUUUGGCAACCCCUGGGAUCCAGCUUUCCUUGAGUGCUGUCGGGAAACAUCAACGACUACUCCGGCUUCAACUUCUUCUAAAACAGAAGCAACGACCAAAUUAACGAGAAAUGACAAUCGGAAAACUACUGGCACCACUAAAGCGAUGACUUCAUCCACGAGUUCAAGUUCAAGAUUGACGUCUUUGUCUACUGAAAGCUCGGGUUCGACGGAUUCGUCAUUGACUGAUACGGAUGAUGGGAUACCCACACCUCCUAUUGAUGACAUUUGUCAGCUACUUAAGAAUCUUCUGUGCUCACAUAUCUGCGUCCCUACUCCGGGGUCUUAUUACUGCGAAUGUCCAGAAGGAUACGUGCUUCUAGAAGAUGAACAGACUUGCAGAACAGAUACUCCAAUAAAUCGAUGUGAAUCAGACAACCCAUGCGAGCAUCGGUGCACCGACACCGGGACAGCGGUAAAAUGUGAAUGUGACCCAGGAUUUGAAUUAGCAAAAGACGGUCACUCAUGUCAAUUGAAACCCACACAAGUUACUACUACACUGAAGCCCCGAGACAAGUCGAAGGAUAAAAAAAAACCCAGGUGUCCACCUGGUUAUCGAUUUAACGCAAGUGUUCGCGUUUGCGACGACGUUGACGAGUGUCUGGAAAACCCUUGCCGGGCGCGGGAAAAAUGUGAAAAUGUCGUGGGGUCUUAUAUUUGUGUCUCCAAAAAGCGGGGAUCCAAAUCAAAGCUCAAGACUCAGGAGAUCCAAGAGAUUCAGUUUGAUUUUAAGGAAUCCUGUCCUCCGGGUUAUCAGUGGGAUGAACAGUUUCAAGUUUGCUCUGAUAUCGAUGAAUGCGCAAGUGAAAUAAAUGUUUCCCCAUGUCCAAUAGAUACACAUUUUUGUGUUAAUACUGAAGGAAGCUAUGCCUGUCAUAAACUUACAGAAUCUAAAGGUUGUCCAGCAGGAUUUAAAUUCAAUGUUACUAAAAAAAUAUGCCAAGACGUUGAUGAGUGCGUAGAAGGCCUUCACGGCUGUCUGCCCGAAGUCGAGGAAUGCAGAAACACUGAGGGGGCUUAUGAAUGUGACAUCCAAUGUCGUAAAGGCUUCACAUUCAGCCGCAGCUUGGGAAUAUGCGUCGACAUAAAUGAGUGCGAAGAAUUAUAUCCUUGUCCGAGUGACAAACCCAUUUGCAUAAAUCUUCCUGGGACUUAUCAGUGUGCAGGACGGUAUAGUAAAGAAGACGAGUUUGAUGAAGCAACAAAUUUAGACGACGAUGAUGAUGGUGACGAUGAUGAGAACGAGAACGAGAUAGCGGAUGAACGUCAGUAUGAGGCAGCCAGCAAAAUAGAGGAUAGUUAUUUAGUUAAUGAUGAAAAUAAAUCAUCAACCGGUCCAGCAUCGUCGCCAUUAGUCGCGGCAUGCGAACCAGGAUACCAGUGGAUCGAUAAUAAUUGUUUUGACGUGAAUGAAUGCGCCGUGGGACCAGGAUGUCAAGAUCAUGAACGCUGUGUAAAUCGUCUUGGUGGUUACGACUGUUUGCCGCUUUGCAGCACGGGCUGGUACUUUGAUCGCACGAACAAACAGUGCCGUGACGUUGACGAAUGUCUUCUAGGUAGACACGAUUGCUCCCAAGACACUCAAGUUUGCCGCAAUACUAAUGGCUCGUAUGUAUGCGAUGAAAUUCCUUCAUGUCUACCGGGAUUUCGUCGGGCCUUUAAUGGCACUUGUGUUGACAUUGAUGAGUGUAUUGAUAAACUCCAUAAUUGUCCACUGCAUUUACACCAGUACUGCGUUAAUCGUGUAGGUACUUUCGAGUGCGUUACUCGUCUGCCCGAUUGUACUGACGGGUAUAGAUUUUCUGUCAUCAACAAGAGGUGUGAAGAUAUUGAUGAGUGCAGCACAAAGUCUCCAUGCGACACGAGACUUCAAGAGAGAUGUGUUAAUCUACCCGGGUCAUAUCGCUGUGACAGGUCUAUUCCUAUGGCGCAAAUUCCGAAGAGACGUCCAGCCUGUCCUUCGGGAUACAGAUAUGACUCUAAAUCACGUCAAUGUGAAGACAUUGACGAAUGUGCGGAGAAAGUGAAUUUGUGUGGAACGGAAGUAUGUUAUAAUCAACCAGGCGGUUAUACGUGUGCUCGAGCACCUACACCGAUAACUGAACCAACAACUCAAGAGGACAGCGAAACUCAAUCAACCGUAAUACCAAAUGAUCCUCAAACCUGUUCAGAAGGACUCAAGCACACAAGAAAUCGUGGCUGUGUGGACAUCAACGAAUGCGAAGAAGUUGAAGACGCUUGUAGCAGCAACGAAGAGUGUGUAAAUACUGUUGGAAGUUACACGUGUAACUGUCGGAUAGGUUUUCGACGAGAUAAUUUAACUCAGGCGUGUGUAGAUAUAAAUGAGUGUCAGCUGCUGGAAAAUGAUUGCCUGCCAACUCAACGAUGCGAUAACACACUUGGUAGCUACAACUGCGUGAGAUUUUUACCCUGCGGAACUGGUUACACAUUGAAUGCCGCAACAGAAAUAUGCGAAGACGACGACGAGUGUCUUCUUGGAACCCACGAUUGCAGUGACGGGUAUCAUUGUCGUAAUACACUUGGGUCUUAUCGUUGCGAUAGAAAUCUAAAAGGUCAAACAUGGACGACAAGACGACCACCCGUAUCUACAUCAACUGCUUUAACAACAACGACGAUAACUACAACAUCCACAUCUACAACUACGACUCCAAGAUCAAGACCAAGACCAAGAACAACAACACAAUCACCAGCAAGAGAUACACCAACAAGAGCUACACCAACAAGAGAUACACCAACAAGAGCUACACCAACAAGAGUAACACCAACAAGAGUAACACCACCACGAUCAAGAGUAACACCAACAUUACCAGAUGAUACUAGAACAACAGCAGUAACAUCAGCAAAUACUCCAGCAAUUGGAUCACGGAAUAAACCAGAACCGAUUUCCUGUCCACGUGGAUUUGAAUCUGGACCAAGUGGCCAGUGCAUUGAUAUCGACGAAUGUUACGGGCCAUCGAAUCCGUGUGCCCGUUCACCUCUUCAGCGAUGCGUAAAUACCGUAGGCUCUUAUCGCUGCGUCUCACGAGUGAUUUGUGGAGCCGGAUGGACCCUGGAUCCUGAAACAUCGCGGUGUGUUGAUCUAGACGAGUGUGCUACGGGCACACAUGAAUGCGGACCGGAUCAAACAUGUGAGAACCGACAAGGCGGGUAUUUGUGUUCUUGCCCAGCUGGACAUGCACUCGGACCGAAUCGAGAGUGCAUCGACAUUGACGAAUGCAGUAUAUUCAAUGGUAAUGUCUGCGGGAGCAGUGGGCGCUGUGAAAAUACCGUUGGGUCAUUUCGCUGUGUCUGCGACGCGGGUUUUGAGAAGUCUUCAAAAGGCAUUGCCUGUCAGGAUAUCAACGAAUGCGAAAGAAGUCCAGGAAUAUGCCAGCACAACUGCUUCAACAUGUGGGGCAGCUAUCGGUGCAGUUGUAAGCCCGGGUAUCGGCUCAAUGCUGACAAUAGAUCUUGCGUUGACAUCGACGAGUGUACCGAGUUCCGAGAAAACAAUCUCUGCAUUGGUAUUUGCGACAAUACACCCGGUAGUUACUCUUGUCGUUGUCCUGAUGGUUAUAGACUCGGUAGCGAUGCCAGGACUUGUCAAGAUAUUGAUGAGUGUGCCAACGGACGCAUGUGUCGUGAUCCUGAAGAAAUCUGUCAGAAUACACGUGGUAGUUUUCGCUGUAAUAAAAUUGAUUGUCCACCCGGUUAUCACCAGGAUCCCACUCGACAGAAUCGAUGUGUCCGUUCAUCUCGCUACUGCCCAAGCGGUGAUCUCGCUUGUUUCCGGUCGCCUUCGCACUUUUCCUUCAACUUCAUCACCUUCGUCAGCAUGCUCCCACUACCAGUAACAGGCCAAUUAGAAUUAUUUACAAUGCGCGGCACUCACUUACCCGGGUCAGUUAUCAGAUUCAGCAUGGCGUUGAUUGACGCUCGCGCACCACCAGGAAUAAUGCGUGCCACUGAAUCCUGCUUCGCUCUAAGACGACCGAGUCCUUCCCAAGCAGUGUUAGUGCUCACCCGCAGCCUUCCUGGACCACAGGACAUCGAGCUGGACCUCAGCAUGGAGAUUUAUCACAACAACGCUUUUGCCGGCAGCGCAGUAGCUAAGCUCUUUAUUUUCGUAACUCAGUAUGAGUUUUAAAUACU